AUGGGUUUCUUCUCAACUAGAAAACAUGGUAAUGACGGUUAUCUCGAGGGUCUCCUUAGAGGUUUCCGUAAGGGUAUCUUGACUGCUGCCGACUAUGCAAAUUUACGUCAAUGUGAUAACUUGGAAGAUAUGAAAUUACAUUUGAGUCAAACAGAUUACGGAGAUUUCUUGGCAGGUGAACCAUCACCAUUACACACAACAACAAUUGCAGAGAAGGCAACACAAAAGUUGGUCAAUGAGUUUAUGCACAUCCGUAAUCAGGCUGUCGAGCCAUUGGCUACUUUCAUGGACUACAUUUGUUAUGGUUACAUGAUUGACAACGUCGUUCUGUUGAUCACAGGUACCUUGCACGAGCGUGACGUCAGUGAGUUGGUAGACAAGUGCCAUCCACUCGGUAUGUUCAAAUCGAUGGCUACUCUCUCGGUGGUUCACAACGUUGCCGAUCUAUAUAACAUGGUGUUGAUCGAUACUCCACUCGCUCCAUACGUCCAAGAGUGUCUCUCCGAGGACGAUCUCGAUGAAAUGAACAUUGAAAUCAUUAGAAAUACAUUAUACAAGGCCUACUUGGAGGACUUUUAUCACUAUGUCAACGAGUUGGGUGGUCAAACCUCUUUAAUCAUGAAUGAUAUUUUGAAGUUUGAAGCUGACAGAAGAUCAAUUAAUAUUACUAUAAAUUCAUUUGGAUCAACCGAAUUGACCAAAGACGACCGUGAGAAGCUCUAUCCAGCCAUCGGUCUCCUCUACCCAGAAGGAACUGCCAAGCUUAGCAAAGCUGAAGAUGUAGAUACUGUUCGUUCAAUCCUUGAAGUUUAUUCUUCAUACAAAUCAUUCUUCUCUGAAGGUGGUGUCAGUGCAGAGACAUCGUUGGAAGAUUCAUUCUUUAAGCAUGAGGUACAAUUGAAUCGUAUGGCUUUUGAAGAUCAAUUCGGAUAUGGUGUAUUCUAUGCCUAUGUUAAAUUAAGAGAGCAAGAGAUUAGAAAUAUUGUUUGGAUUGCCGAGUGUAUAAGUCAAAAUAUGAAACAAAAAAUCGAUCAAUUUAUUCCAAUCUUUUAA